UCCUAACUACCUCAUUUCACCUGCUCUCCUUCCCUCCCUCCUCCCUUCCAAUAGGCAGCGGCGGUAGCAGCAGCAGCGGCAGCCCCUCUUCUCCACGCCAUCUCUCUCUCCUUAUUUUUUCUUGUAAAUAAAUUAAACCCCCGCUGAUUUUAUCAGCUAAUCUCCUUCCCUGUGUCAGCUUAGCUCUGAUUGAAAAUCAUAAAACAAUGGAAACGGCACCAGCCCAGCUCCGAAUCUCUGCAUUUUCAAGGCAAUACAUUACUAAUUACACCACCCCUAGAUUCCCAAACCCUAAUUCUCCUUCUCUCUCUUUCCCCUUUGCCACCCCUCUUAACCCCUCUCUCCGCCUCCUCCCUUCCAAACCACCCACCCCCUCCAAUGCCGGAGGCGGUGGAACCGGAGGAACCUUAGGUGGAAACGGUGGAGAUGGUGGAAACUGGAGUGGUGGUGGUGAUUCGAGCUCUGACAAUUCAUCGUCGUCGUCGGCGGGGUUUGGGGUUCUGGGUCUUUUUUUAAAUGGGUGGAGAUCACGGGUGGCGGCGGAUCCGCAGUUCCCUUUUAAGGUGUUGAUGGAGGAGGUUGUUGGAGUGUCUUCUUGUAUUCUUGGGGAUAUGGCUUCGCGGCCGAAUUUUGGUCUUAAUGAGUUGGAUUUUGUUUUUUCGACUUUGGUUGUUGGUGCUAUACUCAAUUUUACUUUGAUGUAUUUGCUUGCGCCGACCGCGGCGGCUACUAGUCAGACAUUGCCUGCGAUCUUCGCAAAUUGUCCAACCAGUCAUAUGUUUGAGCCAGGUGCUUAUAGUUUGAUGAGUAGACUUGGUACACUUGUUUAUAAAGGAAUUAUUUUUGCUGCUGUUGGUUUUGCUGCUGGUUUGGUAGGGACUGAGCUUUCAAAUGGGUUGAUUAAGAUGAGGAAAAAGAUGGAUCCGAGCUUUGAGACGCCGAAUAAACCACCUCCGACUGUUUUGAAUGCCUUGACGUGGGCGAUUCAUAUGGGGGUUAGUAGCAAUCUCAGGUACCAGUCACUGAAUGGGGUGGAGUUUUUGUUGGCCAAAGGACUUCCUCCGUUUGCGUUUAAGUCAUCGGUUGUGGUUCUUAGGUGCUUGAAUAAUGUUCUUGGUGGGAUGACCUUUGUCAUAUUGGCAAGGAUGACGGGGUCUCAGAGUGUUGAAGAAUCGAAACCUGUUGCUGAUGGUGUUAGAUCGGCUGCUCCGGAGAAGGAGAAACUUCUUGAUGGAGGGAAAGGAAGUUGCUUCAAGCCUUGAACAAAGCAAGGAGAGCAUGUUUGACGGAGAGGGGAACUAAGAACAUGUUCGAUAGAGAAGGGAACUGACCUAGGUAUUCGUUUUCUGCUAAUCUUCCCUGAGCAUUGAUCGUAUUCUUUGGCAAUUGCUAAGUUGGUGGGUUGGGGGGGCAAGCAAGAAGUCAUGAACCUUUGAUGGUGGUGUUGGUGAGAGAAAAGAGACUAAAUGCCCUCUGUGCGUCCAUGAUGGAAAAGAGUCUUUCUUUCCUUUUUGUAUCUCUUUAACAACACUGUUUUUCGAUCUGCAUUGAAUACAUAGAUUUCUCACUCUCUUCAACACAA